AUGGCUUUCCCGGGAAAUACCUGGCUGGGAAAAAGGGAUGGGAAAGCAUCGUUUCGAGGACAGCAGUCUUCAAUCGCCCGCCUCAAACGCUCUUUCAAAGCCCCGGGGACCAAAGACCGUCCCUACCAUAAAACCGACCGCGUUUUUAAACAGAUGGAACGGCCAAAACCCCCAUUUUCGAAGACCGGUCGAGCGGGGCGCGGGGAUGUGGGUGUCCCGCUGCCCGCCCGCCCUGACGGCCGUGCUCUCGCCCCGCCCGCAGAUCGCAGCCCCCCGGAGGAGGAGGACGGAGCGGGCAAGUGCGGGAAUCUGCUGCCGGGGGAGGAGGAGGCGGCGGCGCCGAAGCCGCGGAAGAAGCGCUCCCGCGCGGCCUUUUCCCACGCGCAGGUCUUCGAGCUGGAGCGGCGCUUCAACCACCAGCGGUACCUGUCGGGGCCCGAGCGGGCCGACCUGGCCGCCUCGCUGAAGCUCACCGAGACGCAGGUGAAGAUCUGGUUCCAGAACCGGCGCUACAAGACCAAGCGGCGGCAGAUGGCCGCCGACCUCCUGGCCGCCGCCCCCGCCGCCAAGAAGGUGGCCGUCAAGGUGCUGGUGCGCGACGACCAGAGACAGUACCACCCCGGCGAGGUGCUGCGGCCGCCCUCGCUGCUCUCCCUCCAGCCCUCCUACUACUACCCCUACUACUGCCUGCCCGGGUGGGCUCUGUCCACCUGCGCCGCAGCUGCCGGCACCCAGUGA